UCUGGCCUUAAUAACAAUGUACUCUUAUAAUCUCCACCCGGCACAGCCAGGAGUGGACUGGCCACCCCUCAGAGCCUGGUUCCUCUCUAGUUUUCAUCCUAGGUUCCUGCCUUUCUAGGAAGUUUUUCCGAGCCACCAUACUUCUACAUGUUUGGUGGUUUUAGGCUGGGUUUCUGUAUAGCACUUUGUGACCCAGGUGUUAUUCUGGUCACGACACAAAUCACCUCUGAGAAACUGUAUAAAAGGACAAAUGUCUUGUAGCAACUCACAAAAAGCUUGCAUUUCUCAGUGAAGAAUCUCCAUUCUCAAGUUUUGUCACCAUGGCGGUAGCAUUGUUCGUAUUGGUGCUCCUCUGCAUAGCUGGAAUGCUGCAUGCUCAGGCCUCGGACCAGUCUGGAGAGAACAGUCUCACAGAAAAUGGACAGGGUUUGGGGAGAAGAUAUGCUGAGUCAACCAUUGCCAGUGACAUGAGCAAAAUCAUGGACUCAAUGGUUCAGAAGAAUUUUGUCAACUUCCUGCUCAACCAGAAGGAGAAAAAGAGCAUGUCUAAUGUCACUCCGGAGGAAGAUCCAGGUGCUUGCUUGUACAACAAUCUCCUGAAAAAGCUUGCACUGAGCAUCCGCAGCAAGGGACACAGAUCCAUGAGCCAGUGAUGUUUUAAAGAAUAUCAGCAAAUUACCAACAUAGGCGAGAGAAUGAUGCAAAGAGAAACCUGGC